AUGGCACUCAUCACCACCCCAACCACCCAGCUCCUUCACAUUGAUCACCCUAUCCUGCUUGCAGGAAUGGGUCACACUGCCGGUUCUGACCUGGUGGCUGCCGUUUCUAACGCAGGAGGAUUGGGAGUGCUUGGUGGAUUGGGUUAUACGCCAAAAAUGCUCCGCGACGCCAUACAGGAAGUGAAAUCCAGGCUUCGAAAGCCGGAUCUACCCUUCGGCGUAGAUCUCCUUCUUCCACGGGUGGGAGGUUCAGCCCGCAAGACUAACAAGGACUACACUAAAGGCGCGCUAAAUGAGUUAGUUGAUGUGAUCAUCGAGGAGAAAGCGGCGCUCUUCGUUUCGGCCGUGGGCAUUCCCCCGAAAGAAGUUAUUGAUCGGCUUCAUGCAGCGGGCAUCUUAUACAUGCAUGUCCACAAAGCCUGCCAGGCAGGUGCUGAUCUCAUCUGCGCGCAAGGAGGCGAAGCAGGCGGUCAUACAGGUGAAAUUCCGACCAGCGUGCUCAUUCCUGCCUGUGCGGAUGCUUGCCGACAAUAUAAGUCUCCUUUAACGGGAGAAACGGUUCAGCUUGUAGCAGCGGGUGGCAUAUUCGACGGCCGAGGCAUUGCUGCAAUGAUGAUGAUGGGUGCUAGCGCAGUAUGGAUUGGAACACGUUUCGUCACAGCCCGUGAAUCUGCCGCUCCCAAACUAGGCAAGAAAGCUAUCAUCGACGCUGGAUUUCAUGACACCAUGAAAAGCACUUUGUGGACGGGCCGACCGCUCAGAGCUCUCGCAACGCCUUAUAUACGAGACUGGGAGCUGAACCGUCGCAAUGAAAUCGAGAAGCUGCAGGGCCAAGGUUUGAUUGUAUUGGAUUAUGAGCUGGACAAGCUAGCAAAAGACGGUCAAUUGACAGAAGAAAUUGAAGACCUGACUACGCAGAGGCCUAUGGGCUGUGGUGCCGCUAUGGUGACCCAAGAAGAUCAAUCGGCAAAGGAAAUCGUGCUGGAGAUGGUGAUUGAGGCUUUCGGGCUGCUGAGAGGAGCGCGACAAUAUGUGGGAGCAAAAAUAUGA